AUGCGUGACUGGGAUGUCCAACUUGAUACGAAGGACUGUGUUGGAAGAGGCUGGGGAUUCACGGAACUAGGCAAAUAUAUAUCCGAGGACUUCUACAUGGGAGUUGCUGCUGUCAGAAGUGGUCUUUCUACCAGAAUAAGUAGCUUUCCGCGAUGCAGAAUUCAGCAAACACAUCGCUGGAGUCCUUUGCUAAACGCAUGGUCAGAUGGACGACGGUCCGCACCUCGUCCGUUCCUUCCAUUCUCGUACUGGAGCCGUUCUCCGAGUCAAUCCUGUGCGGGCUUUGCUGUACGUUGGCGUCUAUUACCUAUUUCACUGGAUCCUAUUGUCUUCUUCAUGGUGCACAUGCUGCAGUGGUUUCUACUCGAUUAUGUACAGCUGCGUACUAUGCAGGUGGAACCACUUAACUGCUCCAAAUUCGACUACAUGGUCGCCUGGGUCUACCGGGAAUGCUCCACACCGUAUUACUUCCUGAGAGGAUGCCUAGGCAACAGGUCAAGUGGCGGACGGGAACGUCGUGUCAAGUGGGGCGGCUAUCUCGAAGAGGUUCAUUGA